AUGUCGAAUCCUGACGAUUUGGAAGACGGAUUGCUAUACGAUUACCAAUCUGAUACUGAAUCUAAUCAUAUAAAAGAGGUUUCACCUGAGACAGCAGACAAAGCAGACGAGGUUUUAAGUGAUAGAAAAAGAGCACCUGAAGACAAUGCUAGUGAAAAGAAGCUUCUAUCCAAGAGACAAAAAAAGCUCGGAAAUUCGAGCCUUCGUGACAAGAAGAAGGAGCUGUUUGAAUAUGAGAUCGAGCGAAGGAAGGCUUUGGCGAAAUCUUCACCGGAGGUAAUUGUUGACUAUUUCGCAGCUUUGGUUCGAGAGAAAAACCCAAAUUUAAGUGCUCUUGAGUUAGAUGAUUUAUAUUUCAAAAAAUCGGAUUUCAUUUCCACUGAAAAGUUUGAGAAAGAUCGCUCGUUAACUAACUUUCCGGAUUUUGUCUCACAAUUCACUAAAGCCCCACGAGCACUGAUCCUUUCGAUGUCGAAUAUGAGAGUCGCAGACAUCUUUAGGAGUUUAAAUGGAAGUAAGAACUGCGUAAAGCUGUUUUCUAAGAAUAAGCUGAAAGAUGACCUGGCGAUAGUGGAAAGGGUGUUUGAAAAAAAAACAAAUGAGAAAACGCAGAAUAUUAAAUACUUCAUAUCGACUCCCACUCGUAUCAACAAGAUAUUUGAGAGCAGUGAGCUGUUUUUCCAAGGUAAAGAUAAACUGGACGUCAUUCUAGAUGCCAGCUAUUUGGAUCCGAAGAAGAACACCUUGCUUUCGUCGGACAAUACCAUGAUUCUGUGCCAAGUUCUCAAGCUUGUACUUGAGAGGAAAAGCUCUGUGAAAAUACUACUAUACUAG